AUGUCUUCUGUUCAUGAGAUUGCUGUUAGUGGUUUCGGAGAAGGGACGAAUGAAUUAUACGAUAGAGCAAGACCAAGCUAUCCUCCUGAAGCAUUAACCAAAAUCCAUUCGAUCAUAUCCGAGUCAAGGAAAUCUUCGGAUUCGGAUUCAUCGGUCUCGGUAAAAUGGAAGAUUAUUGAACCUGGAAGUGGAACAGGAAUAUUUUCUAGACUCUUAAUGCAGCCUCCCACUCCUUCGUAUCCUACCUUCCCUCUAGACUCACUGAUAGGAGUGGAACCUUCUUCCGGAAUGAGAAAAGCUUGGACGAACGGCUUGGAGAAAUUAUCAUUAUCUGCUGAAUACAAAGAAGGAAAGAAGCUAGUCGCUGUUCAAGGUGGUUUUGAUGAUUUCACUAAUGUUCAACAGCAUGGUAUCGAUAAAUAUAAUAAGAAUACAAAGAAAGGUGGAGCAGAUGCUGUGAUAAUCGCUCAAGCUUGGCAUUGGUGUCCUGAUCAUGAAAAAGCUUUGGAGGAAAUAGCAUCCUACUUACCACCUUCAUCACCUUUGAUUUUAAUCUGGAAUUUGGAAUCACAAUCUACACAAUGGCAAAAAAGCGUGAGAGAGAACUAUCAACAACAUGAUUUAGGUAGUCCACAAUAUUAUAAAGGUUGGUGGAGGGAAAUGUUCAAUACCAAAGCGUACAAAGACCUAUUUGAGGAAAAAGUUGAAUGGUCGACUGAAUGGGGAAGAGGUAUCACAGAAGAUGGAUUGAUCGAUAAUCUGUUCUCUAAAUCAUACCUCACUCCAGCUCAUCUAUCAGGGGAUAAAAGACAGAAAUUAGACUCAGAUCUAAGGAAUAUCAUUAGAGAAGCCGAUCAUGAAUGGAUCAAUAAAGAUAAAGGAAUUUUCGUUUUCAAGUAUAGUACAGAUAUCGUAGUUCUUCGGAGGAAAGCUUAA